AAAACGAACGACCUGUGUGAGAAGGCUUGCGGCGCAGAGGAUCACCUAACAUUGAGAUCGAUGAGUGAAUUGGCGGACGCAUACCUUAUGUUUGACAACUACUCAGAUUCAGUGAAAAUCGUAUCCAAAGUGUUUGAAAUACGAAAAAGGCUGUUAGGAGAGGAGCACCUGGACACUCUUUCCUCGAUGAAGAACUUGGGUGCGGCACAUGGCAUGAUGGGAAACUAUACAGAGGCUCAGGCACUUAACGGAAAGUCAUUUGAGCUUCAUCAAAGACUGCUAGGACCGGAACAUCCAAAUACCAUUUCAUGCAUGCACAAGUUGGCACUCAACUACAUUGGUCUAGAACAGCACGAGAAGGCUCGAGAUCUAACCGAACAGAUAGUGGCAUUAAGGAAAAGAGUUUUAGGUCCGGAGCAUCCAAAAACCCUCGUGGCAAUGUAUAACCUUGGCAUAGUCUAUCGAGAUCUAAUGGACUAUGAUAGAGCCAGAGCGCUAGACGAACAGGUAUUUAUGUCGUACAAGAGGACUGUGGGCUCAGAGCACCCGAUGACUCUUUCAUGUAUGCAUGCUCUGGCUGUUGAUUACGAUCAUCUAGGCCAAUUACACACCGCUAAAAACUUAGCUGAACAGGCACUAGAGCUGCGCAAAAAGGUGCUGGGACCAGAGCACUCGGAGACUCUCACAAUAACGAGUGCUCUCAGUAGAAUUUAUCGUCGUUUGGAGGAAAAUGAGAACGCUCGAAAGUUGGACGAAGAAACAUUAGCCAUCUGCUUAAAGGCUUGGGGAUCGGAACACCCAGGAACACUUGACACCAUGAAUGAUUUAGCCCGAGAUUAUCGGCGCCUAGGGCAACAUCAGAUUGCAAAGGAGCUCGACGAGAAGACGCUAACAUUACGCAAAAAGAUACUGGGACCAGAACACAAGGACACGCUCAUGUCCAUGAACAAUCUUGCCGGAGACUAUAGUGACCUAGGGGAAUAUCAGAAAGCUCAAGAGUUAGAUGAAGAGACAUUAACACUCCGUCGAAGAUUCCUAGGAUCAGAACAUUUAGAUACUCUUCUGUCGUUGAAUCAUCUUGCCUGUGACUAUCAUGAUCUCGGGCAGUAUGAGAAGAGUCAUGAGCUCCAGGAACAAUUAUUGUCACUACGAAAAAAGGUCUUGGGACUUGAACACCCGUAUACUCUCGAAUUGAUGAACGAGUUGUCAGCUCAAGACAGCUCAACAAAUGAAUUGGCAUAA